GAAAUAAUUUUGUUAACUGAAAUGCAUUGUUUAAUCCAGAUAAAAUAAUAAAGACAUAUGCGUAAACAAUCUAUCAGCUCUGCUAAAGCGUACGUGCCAUAGAGUCGCCAGAAAGGAAAAUGGAUUCUCCAGACGAAGAUGAACGAGCUCGGCUUCAUCAGAACCAACCCUAUGAUGAAUCUUUAGAAGUUCCAGACGCGGAAGAAAUAGCCAGUACUUAUUCUCCUACACCUCGUGUUGCAAACCCACCUGAUCAAGGACGUUCUCGUGGUGACAGUCCACCACAAGGAGGACUGACAGAUGAUGAUAGUGGGGAUGAUCCAUAUGAGGAUGACAAGAAAGUUAAGCAGAUGAAACCUACACCUUUAAUGCGCAAUGACCUUCCACGAAAGCCACCAACACAGACUAAACAGUUCAACUCAGAAGAGGAAGAUGAUGACCAAAGUGAAGAAAGUGAUGAUGACGAUGAUGAUGAUGAUGAUGAAGAUCGUGCUCAAGUGGAAGGAGCCUAUGAUCCAGCAGAGUUUGAGAAUCUUUCAGUGUCUGCAGAGAUCAAAGAACUUUUCCAGUACAUCACAAGGUAUACACCACAGUCCAUAGAGCUGGAACACAAACUUAAGCCAUUUAUACCUGACUUCAUUCCUUCUGUAGGGGAUAUUGAUGCCUUUGUUAAGAUCCCACGCCCUGACAACAAACCAGACACAUUGGGUCUGACUGUUCUUGAUGAGCCAUGUGCAAAGCAGUCUGACCCUACAGUCCUUGAUCUUCAGUUGAGAGCAAUCUCAAAGCAGACCACUGCCAAGGCUCUGGUAGUCAAACGCCUGGAAAAAGCAGAAAAGAAUCCCAAAGCUAUUGAAAGUUGGAUUGAAAGCAUCCGCAAUCUUCAUAGAUCCAAGCCACCUCCAAAUGUGCACUAUUCAAGGAAUAUGCCAGAUGUGGAAACCUUAAUGCAGGAGUGGCCACCAGAAUUUGAAGAUCUGCUGAAGGAGGUAUCACUUCCUACUGCAGAACUGGACUGUGAUCUUGCACAGUUUACAGAAAUUAUCUGCUCCAUAUUGGACAUUCCAAUAUACAAGGGCUUAUCUCAUCACAAUGAAAAAAUCCAGGCACUCCACGUUUUAUUCACACUUUAUUCAGAGUUCAAGAACUCUCAGCAUUUCCAAGCACUAGCAGCAAAUAACCAAAUUGACAAUGCUCUGAAGAUGAAUGGGACAGGAGAUUUCUCUGUAUCUGGUCAUAUGAUGUAGCAGUUGACACUACCACCAGAUAGGAUAUUUCGGUUUCUGAGGUGGUGAUUUCUUGUAGACUCACAACAUUGGGAAGAUUGUGCCACUUCAAACACAAAAGUUUGUGAUGAUGUCCGUCCAAGAAAAUGUUUCAAGAAUGUGAACCAUCUUCAGUCCUUUCCAAAAGAAUCAGUCUUUGUGAUAAAGAAGUAGAAAGACAAUGCACAAACAAGCCAUUCAGCUGGGACAGGGAAGUUAAGUCCCUUGACCUGUACGAUUACUUGUCAUGUGGGUAGAGGUAAAGCCAGGUUGGGAGGAAAGCUUGGUACAUACAAAAGCUAACACUUUGCUGUCUGCAGCAGUACUGAAAUUGGUGUUUAAGCUUUCUCACAUUGUGUUAUUAAAGAUGGACACAGCAAGAAUUUACAGAUCUAAUUAAAUCUGUUACUUUUGUUCAUGUGGUUGUAAUAAAAUAGAUGAAUUUGAGCUCUCUACAAUCAUACCAUGUAUCAGGUUAGUUAAAAUAGUGCAAGGGAUUGAGACUUGUUGAAGUACAACAGAAAAACACUUUUGGGCUCAAAAUAAGAAUGGUCAUAUUUUGUUAUAGCUGGCUAAGCAUAUAUGGGGGAUUAUGUUAUCUUUUAAGGCCACUAACAAGUGUAACAAAUGUAGUGUAAGAAUUAGUGAUAACACACCGUACAAAAAUAUAUGUGCGUAUGUACAUAUAACACAUGCAGCCAAGAUUACCUACAGUUAUUACUAGAUAAGUUUUAAGCAAUUAAAUUAUCUGUGCAUUUGUUUUCUUCUGUUUUUGAUACUUUAUUGAUGCAGGCAUGUUGUGCAUUUUGUGUCAAUGGCGCCACACUUUAAUCAUGGAUGCGUAUAGGUGGAUUGCUGUCUGUCUGCCGAGACCAACACUUAGCCUCGUGUGAAGUUCUUCGCUGUUAAGCUCAGUGAGCCUUAACAAUGAAUGUGACUAAACUGGAAGCUUUCUACACACCUGCCUCGUUUAGAAGUUAACUGGAAAAAAAUUGUCUGCCAGUAAUACAAAUUUGUGCUUUAAUUAGUAGCUACAACCAGGGCAACUGAGAGCCAGCACAGGCCCCGGGUAGAUGAUCUCUCUGGCUACAUUACUACUUUUACAUAGAGUUGUUUAUGCGAGUGGUCAGGAAAUGUGGAAAAAAGACAUUAAAGGAUCAAAGUUGUAGAACCCGCUCCAUAGGACAAAAAUCCCCAGAGUAAAGAAUGUUGCUUCAACCUUCCUUUAAAAGGCAAAAGGGAAAAUAUCCAGACCAAGGCUGGCCCUUUCGCAGGUACAGGUACAUCAGAUCCACUUGUUCCCCCCACCCAAUCUCGUCAGGCCUGGCUAAUCUGGGUAAUUGUGAAUCUAAUAAAUGUUUGACCGUGAGCAUGAAUCUCAUAAAAUAUUGUUUAACAUUGUGCAUGCAAAAAUAAAACAACUGUUGAAAAU